UCGCGUAAUGGCGGACGCGGGCCGGGUGAACGCGGCUGGGGGCGUAGCGCGCUGAGGGGGGUCUGGCUGUGUGGCAACCCCGGAGGCGGCCCGCGGGAACAGACCCCGUGCGGGGAAGGGCGGCUGGCCGGCCCAUCUGUCGCUGAGGGCGACCGCGCGAGACCAGGUUGUUUUUCAUCAUUCAGAACAUUGCCUGAAGCAGGUCCACCAUGCCGUUAGUAACGAGGAACAUCGAGCCAAGGCACCUGUGCCGUCAGACGUUGCCUAGCGUUAGAAGCGAGCUGGAAUGCGUGACCAACAUCACCCUGGCAAAUGUCAUCCGACAGCUGGGCAGCCUGAUUGAUCCUCCUGCCUGGAGAACUCUCACCAUCCUUGUAGCUGAUCUUCAAGGCCUAGCUUUUGGCAUGGGGUUCAUCUUCAGGUACCCACCCACCUUGGUGUACCAGAACGGCAGUAUUGGCCCUGUUGAAAAUGUGGACGGAAACAGCUACCCACCGCCACCGCUGUCAGACUCCACUUCUCCACCUUCUCCUUCCUUCUCUGAGGAUAGCUUGCCUCCCCCACCAGCAGAAUUCAGCUGCCCAGCAGACAGCAACCAAAGAGGGCCUGGCUUAGCCGGACCCAAAAGAUCCAGCGUGGUCAGCCCAAGCCAUCCACCACCAGCUCCUCCUCUGGGCUCUCCACCAGGCUCCAAACCCGGGUUUGCCCCACCACCUGCCCCUCCGCCUCCGCCUCCACUGAUGGGCGUUCCACCCCCCCCACCGCCUGGAGGAUUUGGGUCUCCAGGGACCCCACCACCACCUUCACCCCCAUCUUUCCCACCUCACCCCGAUUUUGCUGCCCCUCCGCCUCCUCCCCCACCACCCGCAGCUGACUACCCAACUCUGCCACCACCUCCCUUGUCCCAACCAGGAGGAGGCGGCGCGCCUCCCCCUCCCCCUCCUCCCCCUCCUCCGGGGCCCCCUCCUCUCCCUUUCAGUGGUACAGAAAGCCCGUCUGUCGCACCACCACCACUUUCUGAUGCCACCAAGCCUAAGUCCUCCUUGCCUCCUGUGAGCGAUGCCCGCAGCGACUUACUUUCAGCCAUACGUCAAGGUUUUCAGCUGCGCAGGGUUGAGGAGCAGCAGGAACAAGAGAAGCGUGACGUUGUGGGCAACGACGUAGCCACCAUCUUGUCCCGUCGGAUUGCCGUGGAGUAUAGCGACUCCGAGGAUGAUUCCUCUGAGUUUGAUGAGGACGACUGGUCGGAUUAACUCUUUCCUGCCUGCUGCCCACCUCCUUUUUCUUCCCUCCUGCUGCCUUCGUUGAUGCAUAUCUGAACAGUCUAAUGGGGGGAAAAGGGAGGAAAAAAGAAUUUCAAGGGGCCAAAGUCUUCCCUGAAGCAACCAAAGAUAUAUCCAAGUGCUUCCUCUAAAUCAACGUAUAUUUUCCCAUCUCCCCAUGGACAGGCCCCAUGGGCUCCUGAGAUUCAGUAGCUGAGAUGUUCCCUCUUCCCUUCAAGUGACUGUUGCAUAUUGAAGAGAAGGAAAAACUCCCAAGCAGAUCCCUUUGAUUGGGUUUAGAUUGGAGUUGGUACCUUCCCCUGGGAGCCAUCUUCAACUGUGGUCUCCUUCCAAACUCCUUACCCUUCAAAUAAUGCCAGCCAUCUUCUGGUCCUAAAGCCUGCAGGGGCACGGCCAGCCCCUUUCCCAUGCACUGAGAGGGCUGAGCAGGCCACAUGCCCUAGCAGCCAGACUGCCACACUUUUCUAUGUCUGGAUGCCCUUUAUUCUAGGAGCCAUCAGGCCCUAAAGAGUGUCUCCCCCUCUGCCCAGAAAUGGUGCCUUUCUGAAGGCUGAAGUUGUUGCCUCCUUCCCAGUCUCCCUCUCUAGGUGUUCAAGUGUCCUUUAAAUGCCCCUCCCUCACUACCAGGUGCUCUAGGCACCACAGCCCAGUUCAGACCUCUAAUAGCCAUGACCAAACUAGCCCUGACACGCAGGGAUCUGGACCUCUGCCGACUGUCAGGAGCCAAGCUUAGAGACUUGGAACUGCAGAACUGGAAGAAUGGUGGAACUCCUUGGAUCUUAUGCUCCUAAUGAUGCUGAAAUCUAGAAAUGGGAAAUGACUUGCUCCGGGUCACACAUAGGAUGGUGACAACUCUAGAGCCCAGAAUUCCUGAUUCCAAGUCACCUAUGCCUUCUGGGACCAAAUAGUGGGCACUUGCUGGAGACGAGGCAGAACAGUCUUGGCUCUGUGCUACUCCAGACCUCACCAUAGGUGGGAGUCCCAGUAGGAGGGCUCAGAGCCAGUGCCAGGCCUAUCUGUGCUGCUCAGACCCUUACAGCCUGUCUUACAAUUCUCUCCUCCCCCUUUACUAUCACCAUUGAACCACAUGGCCUUGGGAGCUGCCCUUCUGGGGGACCAGAGGUAGUGAGAGAAGGAAGGGGGUACGCAGCUUUUACAGGUGCUGUUUUCAAUUCCUCUGCAACUUGUCCCCCUUUUAUUUCCCCAAUUUAAGCAUAGAUUCUGCCAACUGUAGAAACUUCAGUCCCUCAGGCUGGUGGCUGCCUCAGGUAGCUGCCUAGGGGGGCCUGGCAGCCGUGAGGAGGGCUGAAAGGCAGAGGGGCUCUGGGUCUUGUUUCCAGCUCCUUCCUCACUGCGUGCAGUGAUGUUCCCUCCCUCACUCCCCCUGUUCCCAGAGCUAAUACACAGGUGCUAUUAUUCAGAAAAAAACUGGUCAGCUUUGGCCAACAGUGAGGUUUCUUCUCUUCUGCCCUAACUAUUGUGUAGCCUCUUAUGCUGAAACCGGCUUCUCCUGGCUUCUCCGGCUUUCAGAGCCCUGAAACAAAGAGAAACAGGAUCUGUCUCUACCCAGCACAGCAAAUGGUUGUAGUAAUUGCCAAAGCCCUCAUAAACCCCUCCGGCUUGAGGAGAGUGUGUAAUCAUGGGUAGUACCGCUGUGCCCUGGCUGGAUGCUCCCCCUCUGCCUUCUUUCCUUGAACUCUGGCAUGGGGACUGAGCCUCUAGGGGCCAGCAUGCCCUCCUGCUGGGGCCGCUACAGAAUUUACCCUCCUCCCCCUCCCCAAUUGGGUGUCUGUGGCACAGGGCUGGCACCAUGCUCCAGUGCUGAGCAUACCAAGCGGUGUGUGCCCCCACCUUGCUUCCCGCCUUGCACUUUGGAAGCUGAAGGUGCUUUCCUUAGAACCCUAAAAUGGCUGUUGAAGGUGUCCCUGGCUGCAGCCCAGCAGUGGCUGGAGAGGCAGGUGGAGGGCAGUGGUUCUCCCAAAUAGAAGUCCUGGGGCCUGGCCAGGCCAGGGUUUGGGCCUAAUGGUUUUGACUAAAUUACCCCCAUCCCCCUCCUUUCCGGAAAAGGGGGAGCGAGCACCACUCGCUAUCAUUCUGCUCUGACCUUGAAGGGGGCGGUGUUGGCCUGGCUUCUGGAAUGGACACAGUCCGCCCUGGAAAGGGCUGGGGGCAGAA